UUUUGAUGACGUAUUUAACAUUUCCGGUAGUAUUCAGCAUCCCGAUUUCUUCUGUGAAUUAAUUAUCGAAUUAUUGAAAGGUUUAUGCUGAGACAGAUUAGUUCCCAGUCUUUUAUCAGUACAAGACACUUCUUUCCAUUAUUGUUUUGUUCAUGUAUGGGUGGUAGUUCUUCUAAAGCAAUGAGCGGUCAACCAUUUACAGUUGCGGCUCAAGCAUCCAGGAACACAGCAACGCUGAUCUUCCUUCAUGGACUCGGAGAUACUGGUCAAGGCUGGGCAGAGGCAUUUAAACAGCUCAAACUACAGAAUGUCAAAUGUAUAUUUCCUAAUGCAUCUAUAAAUCCAGUUACGUUGAAUUAUGGAAUGAAAAUGCCUUCAUGGUUUGAUAUAAAGGGCUUAAGUAUGGAUAGUCCUGAAGAUGAGGAUGGAAUUAAAGCUGCAUCACAAAUGUUGAACCAUCUGAUAGCCAACGAGGAGAAGGAAGGUAUAUCAUCUGAGAAUGUGUAUGUGGGCGGAUUUUCCCAGGGUGGGGCGGUGGCACUCUACACAGCUCUAACCUCACAGAAGAAGCUGGCCGGCAUUGUGGGGCUUAGUACCUGGCUCCCAUUGAACAAACAAUUUCCUCAGGCUCUAGGGGAGAACCGAGACAUUCCCAUGUUUCAAGGUCAUGGUGAAGACGACCCGUUGGUUCCCCUCAAGUGGGGUGAACUCUCUGGCAAGCUUGUACAGCAAAUGACCUCUAAACACACAUUCAAGACAUAUCCUGGCCUUGGUCAUUCAUCCUGUCAAGAGGAAAUGGAAGAUGUGAAGAACUUUUUCACUUCACAAGGUUGAUGUGAAUCUAAGGUUAGACUCCACUUGAACCAUGAGGCACUCAACAGUGUGGCAUGGUUGAACAUGUAUCAUCUGACAUAAAUCUGAACACAUAUGCCACUUGGCUCAUUAUUAAGUUACUCAAGAGUUUGUGAAUUUAGUGGAAUGUAACCCUACAUAACUACAACUACACUGACUCUGUGGGAUAAUUUCCUGCUUUUGAAAUCACCUUUCAUAUGUGCAGAAGGUAUCAUGGUUUGUUAAGACUUGUAAUUAUUUAAUCUGAUUUGGUUCUCCUUUACAAACUCCAUUUCAAAAAUAUUGUUAUGAUUAUUUUGGGGGUGGGGGGGAUUGUGACUCAAUAAUGACAAUUUUUCAAACUGUUAUAUUGUUACAUGUCGAACAGUUUUGAUAAAAAAAGGACAUACUCAUUUUCACAACACUAUCACAUUUAUACAGAUAAUUGUAAUAAUUAUGUAGGUCGUAUUAAGGGUCAACAUUAAUAAAUUGCUUUAUAAAAUGCUUUGUCGUGUUGGGUCAUAUUCAGCAAUAAAUGAAAUUUUACAUGAGUGUUUUUAGUGGAGUUUCUUUUUGUUUAGAUAGUUAUUUAUUUACUCUAUAAAAACUUUGUUAGAAUUAGGUUUGUUAUGUAAUUGCGAAGUGUUGUUAUGAAGGUGAUUUUUUACUUCCUCAUAAGUUGAUGGUGUGCUUUUUUCAGCAGAAUCUGUUACCACAACUAUUGUUAUUAUCCUAUUUCAAGAAUUGACUUUAAUUUUGAAUAUAAUCUUAUUGACAUUUUAGAAAUGAAAAGGGUGUUCAGAGAUAAUAAUUUUCUAUUAACAUGUGUUUCUGUUUGGUUUUGUGUGCAUGUGUAAUUGAAUGAUAUAUCGUCUUUUAAAGAAGUUUCUUAAUACUGACCUACGCAGAAAAAAUGCUUCUUUUUCACCAGUUUAUUUAUGCAAGAGAAAGAGUUGUCAGUAGUGGACUCAGGACGGUAUGUCAUAAUUGAUUUGAAAUGGAUAUGACAGAAUAUUAUAUUGUUUAGACUGUGGUAAGCCACUUUACUUGGUUCUGUGCACAUCUUCAGGCAGUGGUAUACAACACUGUAGAUAUUGUCUUUUACAUAUGUAAUGUAUAAACACUUGUUUUGAUAUUGGAGGUCCCUUGAAAAUAGAUAUACUAUUUGAACUCAAUAUAUGCUUGUUUGACAGAACAUGUUCCAGACAGUGUUUGGAAUGAUAAGAAUCAAUACAAUGGAACAGGCACAGUGUUUGCUCUGUCACAACUUUUCAUUGUUCUGUAUGUGUGAAAGUCAAAUAGAAAUGUAUUCAUUAAUUAGUCUGAUUUCAUACUGCUUACAAAUUUUAUGCUUCACACAAUAAACUCUUUGAAGAGGCUUUUUAUAGGAGCAAUAGGAAAUUAAUGCAUUGCACGCAAUUCAGAGUCUGAAGCCUUCUUAAUAAAUGAUGAUGUCACUCUUCUAGCUGUUCCAACUUUUCUCUUGACACAGUCCGAACACAUUUUUGUCAGUGUUUCAUUUUUCCUCCCAAAUCUGAAUGUUCUGUUCUGUAUUCCAUGUUUAUGGCAAGCUAUGCCAUCUGUGUUGAACAGCUUAUCAAGCAUGGUAAAGAUCAUAAGACAAAGUAGUAAAGAAUAAAUUUAAAGAAGCACCAUAAAAGUUAGUAAUAGUGUUUCUUUUAGAUAUAGAAAGCAGAUUUAAAGUCUAGUUGUUUUGUUGUUUCUUGUUAUCAUACCCCAGACAAUCGAAGUCUGAGGAGAUAAUUGAAGUCACAAUGUGGUUGGCCGGUCGUUCGUUGGUCUGUUGCAUUUUUUCUUGUCUGGAGCAUAGCUUGAAAACUACUGGAUGGAAUUUAAGUGAGAGGAAAUGCAGUGUACAAGAACCAUAACUCUAUUUCAGCUCAUUACAGCAGAGAAAAUGCAGUGUACAAGAACCAUAACUCUAUUUCAGCUCAUUACAGCAGAGGAAAUGCAGUGUACAAGAACCAUAACUCUAUUUCAGCUCAUUACAGCAGAGGAAAUGCAGUGUACAAGAACCAUAACUCUAUUUCAGCUCAUUACAGAGCUAUUGCCCUUUUGUUACUUGUUUUUGUCCAAAGCAUAGCUUGAAAACUACUGGAUGGAAUUAAUUGAUGGUAAAGCACAAUAAGAGGAAGUGCAGUGUACAAGAACCUUAACUCGACUUCUGCUAAUUACAGAGGUAUUGCCCUUUGUUACUUUUCCUUUUUGAAUGUGUAAAUUCUAAACUACUUUAUGAAUUUUAAGUAAACAGUCCACACUGGUUAAGCAUGACAAGUGGAAAUAUAGUGUACAACAACAGAGUUAGGGCCCCUUUUCAAAGGAAUAGUUUGCCAUUCCUGUGUCCAGGCGAAUAUCGCGGUAUUCCUCACUCCUGUGGCAGCUCUUGUUUUGUCUGAUAUUAAACGGGUUUCCUGAUCUGUCACUAUUUAUAUGUGUAUUGCCCGUACAAAGAAGGCUGUUUUAUGUUUCUUUGUACAUUAAAGCACAAGACAGGAAACAUAUCUACCACUAUUUUUUAAAUCUGAAUCAGCUUUCCUCAUUCAAAAACUAAACAUUACAAUACCUUUUCAUAUAUGCUUAACUUAAACAUUCUGUAAUAAUAACACAGUGAAGUCAUUAUUUACAACGGGAAAUUGGAAAUCUUUUUUAUGCCCAAUUUUUUCAUGCAUUGGAUGAUAUUUGGUGAAGAACAAACAAGCUCAUUUCCUAAUAUGGUUAUGUCAGAACUGUAGGUGCUAGGAUAAUUAUCUUAACCUAUAGAGAAAGAAACUAAUGUGACAGUGAAUUCAAGUAAUGUAAAUUUUUAUUUGACAUAAUUUAAUUACUGUCUUUCAGUAUGGCAUUUAUCUUGUACCAACUGGCCCAAAUGUAUACAUGACUAUUUUACAAGAUAUGUAAGUUAAUUUUUCCCAUUCUUUUUUUCUGAAAAACUAGUGGUUAUUUCGUUUAGCAUGUAACAUUAGUUUAACAGUUCACCUAGUUUUAAAUGUAAUAUUUGAAUUGAUCAAUAUUAUCAAAAGUACUUUUGUAGGUCAUCUGUAUGUUGGUCGACAGAAGGCCAUGCAUUGUCAUUUAGAACAGUUUUGAACAUUUAGGACUUAAACACAAAGGUGUAUUUUUCAGUAUUUGAAUACAUUGUAAUGGUUUUUAUUAGGGUUAUUGUUAUUUAAUAAUGAUUAUUGUUACCUAAAAUCAACUAGUCUGUCCUAAACCUAAAUAUUUUAGCCUAAAGAACUGCAGACCUGUCUGUAUUCACUAUAUUUUCUAUUGUGAUAUAUACACAUGUUAUUGUAUCAAUUCAUAUUCAGCAGCUUAUGAUACCAUAGCUUUUGAGAAGAACAGUAUCACUAUAAUUGGUAGUUGUUUCUAGCUAGAUUUGGUUGAUAUCAUUCUUAGUGUGUACGAAGUUUUGUAUAAUGUCAAUAGUUUGCACCAAAAAAUGUAAAACAAAAUAAAAGAUUUCAAGUUGA